GAGAAAGACAAGGUAAGCUACAGAGCGGAGAGUUUGGUCCAAUUGUUUCAGUACCAGCAAAUCAGUAAAUCAUCCUGAUGAUUAACAAAGAUGAACUGCAACAUUUAUUGUUUCAUUAGUCGGAAAGCGAACCUCAGUGCAUUGUAACAGGCAAUUUUAAAAGGCAUUAGAUGAUCAAUUGGAGGAGGGAAAUAUGAAGCCAUCUCGGCCCAUGAACCGAUACCAGACAAAAUUACCUGGCGACUUCACCGUAUGUGCAACAGAGUCAACAAUGAGUAAGAACCAUCAAUGGGUAUCCAACACAUUUAAAGUCACUGAUGUGAGGAUGAUGGCUGAUGGCGAAUCUGAAUAUGACCUGCCAAAUGAAGAUGAAAAUGAGCAACCUAACUACAAUUACGAAUAUGAAAUUUCUCCAAGUCUUGAGGAUUUACAGCAUAUGAACAUUUGUCCAGCUAAGCCAAUAAACAUGACAUCAGUUUAUGCAGAUAAGCGAUGUUCACCAAUGAAACCGCUUCCAUUUUACUCAAAAGACAGUCUACCCACAUUACCGAGGCCCCAGGCAACCUAUAAACAGGGCAGGGGGAGAAACAUGCAAAGGGACAAGAAUAGUUGUGACAGUCAAGUUGGGCUUGUUGCUGAAGAUAAAUUUCUAAAGCAACCAUCGCGACCACUACCCAGGCUUCCGAGCAUUCUACCCAAAGAAAUCAAACCACCUCCUCUUGAAGCAAAGCACUCAUAUGUUUCCUCAGCACAUAACAAGUCCCUGCACUCCAUAAUCAUGGCACCAGUAACACAGUCUGAAACUGACAUCGGGUGCUGGAUUCCAAUGUCUACCAGGCGUUACUCCACCUGUGAGGCAGCACCAUUCAGCUGA